AUGUUCACUCCCAGCCGGGGGAAGGCAUUGGGACGAGCCAUAACGGCCUCGUCCUCUGGUCCUGUCACACUCCCUGGCUUCUUGGUGCCGGCAUGGCAAGCGACAGCCCCGACGACAGCAGCGCCUCGAGUCACCGCCGCACCCUUCUCGACGACCUCGAAACGACCCUCUAAGCUUGGCCGAACACCUCUCUCGAUUCCACCCGGAGUUGAGUUGACCGUUGGAAAACUAUUCGCUCAAAGAGACUUGACGUCGUACAAGAAGGUGUACAAGAAGAACAUCACUGUGAAGGGACCACUGGGAUCGCUCGAUCUUGAGGUUCCUCAAUAUGUUGAGUUGGAACAGGAUCCUGAGGCCAAGAGUGUGUUGCUGAGCGUUCAGGACAAUGAGGCUAAGGACCAAAAGGCUAUGUGGGGAACAACAUGGUCUUAUCUCAAGAACUACAUUAUGGGUGUUUCUGAGGGUCAUACAGCUAUUCUCCGUCUCGUCGGUGUUGGUUACCGAGCUAGCGUCGAAGAGCGAGGUGCCAAGGAGGAAUUUCCCGGCCAGCGCUUCCUGUGCCUCAAGCUGGGAUUCACGCAUCCUGUCGAGGAGGGUAUCCCUCGGGGUGUUACUGUUACAACUCCUGCACCUACACGUAUUCUGAUUGAGGGCAUUGACCGCGAGACUAUCAUGUCAUUUGCUGGACGAGUUCGCAUGUGGCGUCCUCCGGAGCCUUAUAAGGGAAAGGGUGUAUUCAUCAACGACCAGACGAUCAAGCUGAAGCAGAAGAAGAUCAAAUAG